AAUAGUUAUCGUUAGUAAGUGUGCUCAUAACGACACUUUAAAUUCUUCACAAAAUGGCAGCAAUAUCAGCAAAAAACUUUGGAAGCAUUUUUCGUUCUGGACUUUUUGAUGGCAAAGUCGCCAUUGUUACUGGAGGAGGAACAGGUAUUGGUAAAGCUAUUACAAAGGAAUUAGCUGUCCUGGGAUGUAAAGUAAUUAUUGCAUCAAGAAAAUAUGAAGUUCUUCAGAGUUCUUCUUCAGAAAUCAACCAGCAAUUGAAAAAUGAUUUGGUUUAUCCAAUACCGUGCAAUAUUAGAAAAGAGGAUGAAGUGAAAUCUUUAAUGGAUAAAACAGUCUCCCAAUUUGGUAGAAUCGAUUGUUUGGUCAACAAUGGCGGGGGACAGUUUAUUUCACCAUUUGCAAGCAUGAAGACAAAGGGUUGGAAUGCAGUUGUAGAUACGAAUCUAAAUGGAACAUACUACUGUCUAAAAGAAGCUUAUCAUGCCUGGAUGAAAGAGAAUGGAGGAAGCAUUGUUAAUAUAGUGGUCAAUAAUUUUAAUGGAAUGCCAUACAUGGCACAUAGUGGAGCGGCACGUGCUGGAGUACAAAACCUGACGAAAACACUCGCGUUAGAAUGGGCACCUAAUGGUAUCCGAAUAAAUUCAGUUGCUCCUGGAGUGAUCUAUUCAGAGACAGCGGCAGCUAACUAUAAAGACCAUCCAGAUUUAUUUGACUCGGUUACAAAAUUACUUCCAACUAAAAGAACUGGCUCCGUCGAAGAGAUUUCUGGACUUGUCUGUUUCUUGCUGUCACCGGCUGCAUCGUUUAUAACUGGUGAUAUCAUAAAAGUGGACGGUGGACAGAGUUUAUAUUCGCAUUCAGCAUAUACGAUACCUGAGCAUAACCGUAGUAAAGUUUUUAAAUGGCAAGACGAAUUUACAUCGAAGCUAUAAUACGAUCUUUCAUUGGUUUGUUGAUCAAUGAUACGCUCAUUAUAACGAAAAACGACAUUAUAUUAGCUAUCAAAUCUACUCAAACAUCUUUCUAAUUCAAACAGAUAUUCCCAUAACGAUUGUUUUUUUUCUACACUUUUAUUUUCUAAGGAACACGACGCUCAAACAAAUCAACUGUUUUAAGGAGUAAGAGUGGCAUAUACUUCUGAAAACAUCUUGAAAAGUAACUUUUUUGAAUUUUUAUUAUCCAUUAUUUUAGUCGUCGGAACCAUUUUUAUCCAGAUUGCUUCUUGAACGAAAUCAGAAAACUCAAAGAAAUGUCCUAGAAUUUAAUUUGAGAAUGAGUGGUUACACUGAACAAGCAAGCAAAACCAGCCCCGCCUGAAAUGGGUAGAUACAGGGUAAAAAUGAUAGGAAUUGUAAAAGCAACAAUGUUAUUCUGAAAGUUCGACAAACGUGAUGAAAGUUUGAUUUCGAUAAGCGCACUUGCUUGACUGAACUAGCUAAUAUUUGAAUUUUGUCUUCAGCAAAAAAAUUUCUUUUUUUUCUAGCGGGAAUAUUUUAUAUAUUAUUAACUAUGUAUUUUAUAUUAGUAAACCCAAGUAUUUUGUAUGUUAGCCUAGUUCCAUUUGUGAAAUUUUUAAAACUACCAAAUCACCCACAAUUUAUCUUGUAAAGGGCGUAGUCAAUUCCUGAGUACUAAAAAAUGUAAAUAUAUAGCCAUUAAAAAAAUUUUUGUACUGCAAUAAUAUUGUAUACUAAAUUA